GAUUGCUAUUAAAAACUUCUGAACCGAAUAAGUGUCUAUAAAUAUGAUUGCAAUCAAAAAUUUCUGAACCAAGUAACUGUUGAUAAUUUUUCCUCCCAAAUCAGUAGAUUGGCAUAGAGAACUUUCAACUGUUUGACAUCCAGUCCAUUUGUCAAUCAGACAACUAAACCGACUUUCAAUUAGUCUUUCCGUUUGAUUUGGGCAUAGAUUCUUUUUAAUCACAACUGAAAAAACGGAGCAAACUAAAAGCAGUGAUGGGUCGUGGACGGAAUAGAAAGGGCAAAACCGAUGAAGAAUCCAUCCUUACAGAAGCAAGCAGAAUAAAGCAGCAGGCAGAACGAAAGCCUGAUGGUCCAGAAAGAAUUCCUCUCUUAGAAAAAUGCGCUCAGUUGUUUCAAAACGCCUUGAAUUCUGGAUUAUCAAUAAGAGAUAGAGAGGAAGCUCUCUUUGAUCUGGGUGAGGUUUUUCUAUUGUGGUCUAGUGCAGUGAAGAAAGCUACUUAUUGGGGGAAUGACAGUGCUUUUAAGGGCAGUAUAAAGAAAUAUGAUGCCAUUCAGAUGCAGCAUGAGGCUUCAAUACAUGCUGCCAGCUUUUGCAGGAAAAGUGUGGAGACAUAUAAAAUGGUAUAUGCUAUUGAAGGAGGAGAGGUAAAGCAAGAGUCUUUGGUGAAUUGUGCAAAUGCACUUUGUGGUUGGGGUGACCUUGUUUGUGAUAUCCCAAAUGAUAAAGGUGGUGGAAUUACUCUUGCAGCAAGUCUUUAUGCUGAAGCCGAUAAUAUGUACUCUGGAGCACUCACAUUGGAUCCUGAGGAUGUAGAGCUGCUCACAAACUUUGGUGAUUGUUGUAUAAAAAGAGCUGAACUUGCUUAUGUGCUCUUGAAUUCUACCACGAUGGAAGUUAACCAAAGUUGGACUUCAGCUACACAGUUCUAUGAACAAGCCUUUAGGGCAUAUGCACAUGCUUGUAGCAGAGCUGAUGUUAAGGUUGGCGACGAUCUUGCUGGUUUACUCCAGAAUUGGGGUGCCGGUCUUCUUUCUUUUGCUGAGCACACGGUGGACAUUGCAGUAGCAGCUAAAGCGUUCAAGGAUGCUGAGGAGAAGAUGAAAAAUGCAGCGAAUUUCAGUCGAUUAGAUAUCAGUAUUUACAUCGCAUUGGGAGAACUUUUCAGUGUGCAGGCAGAUAGGUUUUCCCAGGAUACAGAUUAUCAACCACAGGUCCUGAAUUUACUCGAAAAAGCUUCCAAUGAAGGUUAUGGUAUUGCUCUAGAAAUUGAUGCUACUAAUUUGGAUGCUUUGAUUGGGCUUGGCGAAGUAUGUUCUGCAUCAAGAAAGCAUUUUCUCCAGUUGGGUGACACACAAAAGGCUGAAGAGCAUUCAGUGAAAAGUUUACAUUGGUAUUUGAGAGCUUUAAAUCUUUUGGAAGCUUCGGUCAACAAGUAUGAGCUAAAUUUUGAGGAGCAAUAUGAUUUGAUGUACAACAUGGCAUGUGCUGCUGAGAUAUGUGGCAAAGAAGGUGCUGCUUCCCAAACAUUUAAACAUCUCUUACAAGUAGAGGCAAUUUCUCCUGCUGAGAUAGCUGAGAAUCCAGAACUACAAAGCUUAAGAGACAGAGAUUGGUUUGUAUCACUUAUGAAACAAAAGUCUUAGUAAGUUUUUUCUUGCUUAGUAUUUUUUUGUUGUUGUGAGGAGUAGCAAAAUGGUUACUUUCAUGAGCUAGAUAUUCAAAGUCGGUGUAACUUUAUAUUUUGAGCCACAUUUUUGAAAAAAUUGGGGCAUUUGUGUUUACAUGCAUUUAUCUUUUUAUCACCGUUUCAUUCAUUAGCUCACCCUCCGUGUAAACAGUUGAAUAGCAUGUGCUGCAGUGAUAUGACUAACCUGCCUUGCAAGCAUUCAAGAAAGUCCGAUCAUUUGGGAAAUCAACUAUUUUUUGUAUAUUAUUGACUUAAAUGUAAAAGCCCCAGUUACAUCUUA